AUGGAAGGCGGCUGGUCUGGUUGUGCGACCCACUCGCCCCUCUUCUAUCUCCUGGAGCAAACGAAGUUCCACGGGCUCCGCCAUGUCCUCUCGGGACACCGGUCGUGCCCUCGCCGGGCCUUCUGGCUCCUGGCGUUCCUAGGCUCUGUGGCCUUGCUAGCCACCUGGUCCUCCAACCGCAUCCGCUACCUGCUCUCCUGGCCUGUCCACACCAAGGUCCACCUCCUCUACGCCCGCCAGCUGACCUUUCCGGCUGUGACCCUCUGCAACAACAACUUGCUCCUCCUGCGCCGCAUGAGCCGGGCAGACCUCCACCUGAGCGGCUACUGGCUGGGGCUCCUCAACAAGGAUCUGCAGCCCGUGCCAGCUGUGGGGGCCGUGAUGCGGGACCCCCGGUGGCUCUGGCUGGGGAACCUGCUCAACUUCUCCCACUACCUGCCGCCUUUGCCGCCGCAGGAGCAGUCCACGCGGCGCUUGCUCGACAGGCUGGGCCACCAGCUGGAGGAGAUGCUCCUCUCCUGCCGCUUCCAGGGCGAGCGCUGCGGCCCCCACAACUUCACAACUGUGAGUCAGGGCAGGGGAAGGGGGGCCUUGGGGAGGGCAGCUGCCCCACCGGAGCAGGGGGUGAGGAAGGGCAGAGCGUUAUAGGUGGGAUGGGCCUUAGAGAUGCGCCGUGUACCGUGCAAUUGCAGAACGGCUGUUUCAACAUGGUAAAGGGCCCUCGAAUUUUGCCAUGUCCCCAGAAGGUGCGAGUAUCUCCUUGGCAGCCCGGAAUGAGAGGUCGGCGCCAAAUGCAUUAGGAAUUGUUGAGGAAUAAAAGGUUUGCUUCUUUGCAGAGCUGUGGCAGUCUUUUCAUGCUAACGUGUGUGUGUGUGUGUGUGUGUGUGUGUGUGUGUGUAACAAUAAGUUAAGACUGUGUUCUGCCCGUACAUAGUUUGCAAACAUAUAACUUGGCAAUGUGUGGUGCACCAUUUACUGUUUUGGGAAUUUCAGCAAGUUUCUGGCUCUUUUGAAUGUUAAUAGCAUGCAACCAGAAGUGGGCGCUCAGUGGGCCUUUGUGGUUAGAACAGGAGGAUAUAUUUCACAUCUCCCAGCCCUACCUUUCCCCCCAAGAAUUCCACAUUAUUUCAAAGCUCCAAACCUGAAAGCAGAACAUAGUAUGCAAAAAUAACCACAGGUAUGAAUAUUUGUUGAAUUCCAUAAUUUAAUCUUGCUUGCAAACUGGAGCAGAGUUAGUCCAACUCUAGACUAAGGAGGUGGCUGUCUAACUACGUAAUGGGACGAGAGAAAGCGAAGGAAAAGGAGCAGAGUAUAGGUAAAGUAACCAGGAUUCAACCCAGAGAUUUGCCCCUUGUACUUCUGAGUCUGCUGCCAAAAUCAGGUGAGGCAGCUAUGACUCCUCCCAACUGAUUUUUUUCCUCUCCUUUUAUUGGCUCCUCACACCUGCCAGCUGUGUUGCUGUGGAUCCUGCUCACUACAGGGGAGGGGAUGGAUGGAGAGGAAGGGGGCAGGUGUCAGAAGCUGCAUUUUCUAAUUCAGGCAGAUUUCAAGGCACAAGAAGAAUUUCUGGAUUAUAACCUGCCACCACUAAGUAUGGGAUGAUAUGAUGAAUAGUUGGAAGGAUAGUAUUGUAGCAAGUGUGUUGAUAGGGGACUAUCAGAAAUGCUACGCCCACAGACCUUAAAUGAUGAGUUACAGAUUGCAGCCUGCGGGUGCUGAAAACAAGGAGUUGUUAAAGUAUGGCUGCUCAACCAGGAUUCAGAAAUAAGAGUUUUCAGUGUCCCUGGCAUCUGUUCUGCUGUUAAGGGGCCAAGGGUGUUCUGAAACAAGAGGCACCCUUUAUAAUGUUCUUGGACAAUUUAGGAAUGUGGGUCACUCCCUUAAGGGGCACCAGGCAAAUCUAAAACGAUGGUAACCGAGAAGCAGCAUUUGAAAAUCAACAGCAUCCCAUUGAUAAAGGUAAAGGGACCCCUGACCAUUAGGUCCAGUCGUGGCCGACUCUGGGGUUGUGGCACUCAUCUCGCUUUAUUGGCCGAGGGAGCCAGCGUACAGCUUCCGGGUCAUGUGGCCAGCAUGACUAAGCCGCUUCUGGAGAACCAGAGAAGCACACGGAAACGCCGUUUACCUUCCCGCCGGAGCGGUACCUAUUUAUCUACUUGCACUUUGACGUGCUUUCGAACUGCUCAGUUGGCAGGAGCUGGGACUGAACAACAGGAGCUCACCCCGUCCCAGGGAUUCGAACCGCCAACCUUCUGAUCAGCAAGCUCUAGGCUCUGUGGUUUAACCCAUAGCGCCACCCGCGUCCCUACAUCCCCUUGAUAGGUCUAGUUUAAUUCCCAUGUUAAGAAUGACUGAACUAGUUCUGCCUUGCUGUCCAGGGUUUCAGCACAGAACGUUUCGUGGCCUUCAUCAAGGAGAUUUAGAGAUUGGCACUGGCAAGCGUGACAGGGGGCCUGACUCUUGAGGUCUGUUAAAUGUUAAUGUUAAAUCAUGGUUUCACAUCACAGAAGCAAACCUAUGUGAGCUUUGGCCUCUCAUAAUCCUCUUCCCACCCAUGUGCUGCUUCUUCAUAAUCACUCGCCUGAUUGUGCCAAGUGAAUGAUAGGUGGGUGUGUUAGGAUAUAGUUCCGUUCCACCUUAAAAUGAACAGGCAUGACUGUUGUGUGUCACAUGCUUGUUUACUUUCAGCACAAGUCUGCUGGGAACUUCUGUUUGAAUAUUGCUUUUGCUAUAUUGCCGUGUGCUUGGACAAGAAGGGAAGCAGACAUGUUUUUUCCUUUGUUCCUGAACUAUGCUGAAUAAACGCCUGUAAAUAAUCCUUACACAUGUCUCUGUACGCCACUUCCGUUGUGAGAAGUUAUUCACUUUGCUGACUAGAGUAGGCCAAGUCUCUAAAGGUAUCUGAGGCUUGUGUCACUGUUUGAUGCUGUUCUGAGAACUGGAGAUCGCCCGGCUGUUGGCCAGUGGCUGGAGCCAGCUGGGGGACCUGCCAAAUGCCCCCAUUUCUCCGGAUGCAUCCCAACAGGGUGUUCUCGCCCACCUGUCAAAGUUGACGCUUGGGUGGGGAGGGAGUCUGUUUCUGCAGUAUGUUUCCCCACAGGAAAUGUACCCAAAGCAAAGCAGCACCCAGCAGGAAAGAACUCCCUGCUCCGCAGCAGAUUAGCAGAGGGUUAAAUCCUGCUCUUGGCUGGUGUCUGCUUUGCCAGUGUCUUCUUCCCUACAGGAUUCUAAACUUUAGAACUAACUAACCAACUUUAAGACUAGCAACGGUUCCCUGUGAUUUCAGAAUACAGGGAACCAUGGCUUGCUGCGACCAGGCUAGCCAACAAGUCAGGACAUCUGGCUAAUUUGAUCCUUGCUUACCACAGUUCAAAUGACACAGGGAACUGUGGUUAUUUCUAAAGUGAAAGCAGAAUAUUUCAGCCUUCUUCUUGCGUAUGCAAAGGAGGAGAAAAGAGAAGGAGUGCAUGUCAGAGGCUUGCCUCAGCUCGUUCCUAAAACAGAAAACUAUGGCUUGGCAGUAUGUCUAAACUAGGCCUGAAUCUUGUGGUAGAUGGAAGCCAUGAAACAAGAGGAGAGAUGUGGAAUUUCCACCAAAGGGAAUCUGUGUGACAUGGUCCCAUUCCACCCUCCCCUGUAUGAUUUGCCGGUCUAUGAGUGUAUUUGCAAUCAUGACUCAUCAUAGAUUGUUCAUCUGAGUGUUUGUAUUGUUUGGGUUUUAAAAAUAAAUGUAUGAGUGUAUUUAUUUUCGCUCCGAACGAUGGUCUAAAUAUACCGUACUGUUUUAGCCACCCCCUUUCUCUUCUCAAAUCCCUUCUGCAUGAAACGAAGCGCCAUGCUCUCUAAUAAAAAGCAAACCUGGAAUCUGCCCCAGGCUGCUGUCUUUUACACUCGCUUCCUUGGCCACACGCCCCAGUUCAGUCAGUGUGACCUUGUUAUGAAUGAACAUGAAUGUAAUCUGGCUGCACAUCUUGCCGUGGGAGCUUUUUGUUCACUCCCGUUUAGCUGUGACCUGCAAGAGGCACGACACGUUCACCAGUAACUUGGAGGCAGGCUGCCUCUCUCCUGCAGAGCUGUUUCUGGUACUUGUGUGGGAAGAUCUUUAAGCCUCUUCGUGAUCUGCUAACAUACUUCUGUUUCCAACCACGAGGUGGGCUUGUUCGCAGUAACAGAUGGCAGGAACCCCAAUUCCCAUCUCUGAUGGUUAAGGCAGAGGCAGAGCUAGGUGCUCUGGUCCCCAGGGUGGGGUGCACCCUGGGGGCAGGGCGAGUGGCCCCCCAGGUUGCCAUGUACGGUGAGCAGCGGCCGGGGGGGUGCUGCGCAUGGUGAGAGCCGGCCCAGGGGGGCAGCAUGGCAAUGUCACCCCCCCAUCAGGGAUGGCCCGGGGGUGCCAUGUGCGACAAGCGGUGUCCCAUGGGGUGUGCCAUGAGCAGCAUCCCACAGAGGGUGCCGUGCACAGUGAGCGGCAGCCAUGGGGGGUGCCGUGAGCAGCGGCCCGGGGGGGCACAGCAAUGUCACCCCCCCUUCAGGGAUGGCCUGGGGGUGCUGUGUGUGAUGAGCGGUGUCCCAUGGAGGGUGGUGCAUACGGUGAGCGGCAGCUCAGGGGGAGGGUACCGCGAGCAGCGAGUGGCGGCCCAGGGAGGGCACGGCAAUGUCAUCCCCCCCAGGGAUGGCACCCGGGGUGGACCGCAUCCACCGCACCCACCUUCCUUCGCCACUGGGUUAAGAGUCACUGCAUGAUUUGAACUUUGUGAAGCUUGUUUAUGUGUGUGUGUGUCCGACACAUUUUUUUCCUCCUGUGCUGACCCUGGCAUGUGUAUGUGUGUAUCCAGAAUGCUGCAGGGCUGGGGGUCAAAGAAUUAGAGAGUUGGAAGGGAUCCUGAGGAUCAUGUGGCCCUACAACCUGCAGUGCAGGAAUAUGCAGCUGUCCCUUUCAGGGAUCGAACCUGCAACCCGGGCAUUAUCAGCACUGCACUCUAACCAACUGAGCCAUCCAGCAUCAUUAGUCUGAUUCUGAUUCUAGGUUUGCCAGUAGCUCCUGGAGACCAUUUCAGUGCCCGCUAGAGAAGUACCUUCAGAUGUCUGCAAUCCAGGAGUCCCAGCUUGGGUGCCCAGGGCUCUGGGUGCCAUGCAGCCUACAUGGCCCUGGCACCAAAAUUUGUGGGUGCCCAGCCCCUUCCUGGGGGAUUUUUUGGGUUCUUGGGCACCUAGGGCACCAGAGAGUUGGCAUCUAUGCUGCCAUCCCAUCCUUUUUCUGGGCUGUGCAGGAAUGGUUGGGAAGUGUAUUAUUUCAGACCCUUCCCUUGCAUUAAAUAGAGACCCUGGCUCCGUAAAUAAAUAGACGCUUCUAACUCCUACUUCUGCAAGAUCCUUGUUUAUAUAUUGAUCAUAUUUACCCCCCGCCCCACAAUUUUCCUCCAGGCAAAACAUGCCCAACUCCCUCUUGAAAUGAACUGCAUUCUCUUUGCAACUUAGGCAGCAGUCCUGAACGUCAUGACUUGGACAUAUACUUUGUGCAUUGCGUUGCACUGCAACAACUCAACCCUAAGCAAGUUCCAAUAGAAGUACGUCUCACUGAGUUCAGUGAUUGCAGCUUUCAGAUUAUCUGGGGCUUAAUUUAUUGACAUGCUCGGGACUGCACUGUUAAGUUUGAAUAUAUUAUUGGCUACACCCUGCACUUUUUUCUCUUAUUAAUAAAUUUGAAUUUGAGUAAAUCCAAAAGUCCAUCCUGUGCAUCUUUCUCCCGGUACCAGAAUUUAUUUGCCCCUCCCAACGCAUUCUGAAAGCCUUGCUGCUGAACUCCUGCUGGCUUUGUAGAUUUUGCCAGACAUCGCCACGCGCUUUCAAGUCUAUCUUCACAGCGAUAAGAGUUCUUAAAGUAUAUUGGAAGCUGAGACUGUUGAAAUGCUCGACUAAUUGGGCAGCUUUUCCACCCUUUUAGUCAAGAGGCCUGAAGCAUCUAGGCAGGGAAGCUGCACAAAUGUACAAAUGGCCAUGGAAGCAUCCUUGAAAACUGAAGGGUCUCUUCUCUUUCCCUUCCAGUGGUAUUUCAUGACAUAGAUGCCAUGACUCUAACGAUGCCCCCUUUUAAGUCUGGGUGAUAUAUUGAUAUAGCAUCCAAAACCAGUUCAAUUAUUAUUAUUAUUAUUAUUAUUAUUAUUAUUUAUUAUUUAUACCCCGCCCAUCUGGCUGGGCUUCCCCAGCCACUCUGGGCGGCUUCCAAAAAAACAUUAAAAUACUGUAAUACAUCAAACAUUAAAAGCUUCCCUAAACAGGGCUGCCUUCAGAUGUCUUCUAAAAGUCUGGUGGUAGUUGUUCUCUUUGACAUCUGGUGGGAGGGUGUUCCACAGGGAGGACGCCACUACCAAGAAGACCCUCUGCCUGGUUCCCUAUAACUUGGCUUCUUGCAGUGAGGGAACUGCCAGAAGGCCCUCGGUGCUGGACCUCAGUGUCUGGGUAAAACGAUGGGGGUGGAGUCGCUCCUUCAGAUAUACUGGACCGAGGCCGUUUAGGGCUUUAAAGGUCAGCACCAACACUUUGAAUUGUGCUCGGAAACAUACUGGGAGCCAAUGUAGGUCUUUCAAGACCGGUGUUAUAUGGUCUCGGCGGCCACUCCCAGUCACCAGUCUGGCUGCCGCGUUCUGGAUUAGUUGUAUUUUCCGGGUCACCUUUAAAGGUAGCCCCAUGUAGAGCGCAUUGCAGUAGUCCAAGCGAGAGAUAACCAGAGCAUGCACCACUCUGGCGAGACCAUCUCCGGGCAGAUAGUCUCAGCCUGCAUACCAGAUGGAGCUGGUAAACAGCUGCCCUGGACACAGAAUUGACUUGCACCUCCAUGGACAGCUGCGAGUCCAAAAUGACUCCCAGGCUGCGCACCUGGUCCUUCAGGGGCACAGUUACCCCAUUCAGGACCAAGGAAUCCUCCACACCUGCCUGCCCCUGUCCCCCAAAAACAGUACUUCUGUCUUGUCAGGAUUCAAUCUCAAUCUGUUAGCCGCCACCCAUCCUCCAAAUGCCUCACACAGGACUUUCACCACCUUCACUGGUUCUGAUUUGAAAGAGAGGUAGAGCUGGGUAUCAGUUUCAGGUAGAGCCCGUACCAGUUUCAUUAUUUUUGUGGUGGCAAUAUAUCGUGAAUCAUGAUGUGCGUGUUUGUGUGCUAUGCAAAAAUCACAAUGUGGGGGAAACCAUGAAGCCAGCCAAUGGUUCUCUGGAUUCUUGCAGCAAAUCGCAAAAGCAGGCACCAGCAAAAAUCACAGUGCAUGGUAAACCAUGGAGCCAGCCAGUGCCUCUCUAUAGUUCCAUCUUUAUUUCAGACAUUGUGAUACAGUCACACCUCGGAAGUCGAACAGAAUCCCUUCCGGAAGUCCAUUUGACUUCUGAAACGUUCAGAAACCAAAGCGCAGCUUCUGAUUGGCCGCAGGAAGUUCCUGCAGCCAAUCAGAAGCCACGGAAGCCCUGUUGAACAUUCGGCUUCUAAAAGAACGUUCAAAAACCGGAACACUCCCUUCCAGUUUUCAAUCGUUCGGGAGCUGGAACGUUCGACUCCCAAGGCGUUCGGGAGCCGAGGUACGACUGUAUAGCGGUAUAUCACAAUGUUUAGCUGAAGAUACAUCACGACGUUGAAAACCAGUUAUCAUCCGGCCCUAGCCCCUUGCUCCCAUGCAUUUUCUUUGCAAAGUAGGGAUUUGUAUCAUUUAAACUACAUGGGCAUAUGAGAACGAAUAGAGCUUUCUGAAUAUCCGAGAGCUAAAUUCAGAGAUUCAUUUUUCAUAACAAUGACUUGAAUCCUUGCUCAUGAGACCUGCGCACUUUGAUGAAGACUGAACGACUUUUAAUAAUUCACCAGCCAGGCAUACAAAUUCAUAAUUCAUCAGAUGAUUAACACCCCUUUGAACGGCUUACUCUCAUUGACUUCCAACAUCCCCAGGGUUGCAGGUUAGAUGCCACAAAGACUUCACACCAUGGGUAGGAUUCCCACUGAUGUGAGUGGACUUAAGGAGAUCAGACAACUUGGCAAUGUAACACAUGCAAGUAUUCAAAGUCAAUGCAGAAGUCUGCUUGAGUUCGGUGCCUUCGUUCUGCGAUGUUUCAUUUUUCAUACAGUUCACAAUGUUCAUAUAAGUUUAACUCUGAACAGACCUUUAAAAAGCAAACGCUUUUUUUACCAAUGAAUUUUUUUAUUCGUUUUCCAAAUUUUAAACAAAUUAACAACAAAUUAAUUCAAAUUUAACACCAAUUUAAAAAUUAACUUUCCAUCCCGCUUCCAAGAUGCUUCUUUUUCCUCCCUCCUUUGCUGCUCACAGUAAAAUACUUAAUUUCUAAUACUUUCCCAUCCGUUCCUAUUUCCAUUGACUGCGCGUGUUCAGUUCCUGUUUAGACAUUUACCCGACCAUUUUUCCAAUUAGUGAAAUAGAAUUAAUCUUCCUUUAUUGAUGCAUAUGAAUCAUGAAUCAUAAUUUUAAAUCGUAUUUCCUCCAACACAGCUUUAUCAUCCUGUCUUUAUGCGUUUGCAAAAAAGCAAAUGCUUUUAUGUUCACUGGCUAGUCCACAAAUAGAACCAAGAAAUAAAACUAGUUACUUGAAAAGAACUUGCAUGCAUCCAAGUUUAAAUGCUUGACAAAGCAUCAGUUCACAUACAGAGAAGCUAGUACACACUUCCCCUCCUUUUAUUACUAAAAGUAACGUUGUGACAUGACUUCUCCUCACAAGCAAGUUUUCCUCCCUGCUUUUUUUUAAAAGGGGAAAAGAAUUUUAUUUCAGAUUUGAGGAACACAGUCAUCUUUAUUUCAGUUAUCAGAGACAGCAUUUAGACUGUGCCUGUAAACUGGAUCAGUAGACAGUCUGGUAUAAAAAUUGGUAAUGCAAUUAAAUGCUCAGAGACAAUUUCCAAUUCUAUCUAGUCACUGUCACAUAAGAGGGAUGGAAUAUUAUUUAUAAUACCUGAAAUUCAAGCACACCACUGUACUGAGUAGAGGUAUCAAUAUCCAUUAGGCACUUUCCAAGGUAAAAAACAACAAGAUUAGGCAAACAUUUCUAGUAAUGGAACAGAGAGUGGUUUGGCCAGUGGUUAUAAUAAUCAUAAUAUUUAUUUUUUAAAAAAAACAACACAGCAAAAUGGAAGAAAACCCAAAAUGGUAUAAGCCAAUAUUUGUUGGGGAAUCCCGGUGUGUUUAAAGCACAAAUCGAUUCCUCAGGAAAGUAACUUGAACAGCUUUUAUAAUUUAAAUAAAUAUGUUUCUCGUUGUUGUUUAGUCGUUUAGUCGUGACCGACUCUUCGUGACCCCAUGGACCAGAGCACGCCAGGCACUCCUGUCUUCCACUGCAUCCCGCAGUUUGGUCAAACUCAUGCUGGUAGCUUCGAGAACACUGUCCAGCCAUCUGGUCCUCUGUUGUCCCCUUCUCCUUGUGCCCUCCAUCUUUCCCAACAUCACGGUCUUUUCCAGGGAGUCUUCUCUUCUCAUGAGGUGGCCAAAGUAUUGGAGUCUCAGCUUCAGGAUCUGUCCUUCCAGUGAGCACUCAGGGCUGAUUUCCUUCAGAAUGGAUAGGUUUGAUCUUCUUGCAGUCCAUGGGACUCUCAAGAGUCUCCUCCAGCACCAUAAUUCAAAAGCAUCAACUCUUCGGCAAUCAGCCUUCUUUAUGGUAUAUGUUUCUCAGACAGACAUAAUGAUGAAUGCAUAUACAAUCAAAAUAAUCAAAAUCUACCCCAAAUUCUAUUGUUGCAUGAUCACAACUAAUGCCCAUAUUACUUCCUCUUUAAUAUAACUAAUAGAACAGAUAUAUUCAAGACAGGAGUGCCUGGCGUGCUCUGGUCCAUGGGGUCAUGAAGAGUCGGACAUGACUAAACGACUAAACAACAACAUAUUCAAACAUCUAUGCAACAUUAAGGAAAAGGCUGCUUCUAUCCUUUGUUUUACAAAAAGCUUUUUCUUCCCCAUCCCUUCAAAUUGCAUUUUGUCUCCCAAAAUUGACUGUGUUCAUUGUAACAUGAGCCUACUGUAUAAAACAACGGCCACUUUAUGUUCAGCUUAGUAUUGAUUUUCAAAUCAAGGCUAGGCACCGGGAUUUGUGUGAAAUAUACCCAACAUGGAGCAAAGACAGGGGCAGGAUGGAGCCUAGAAAGGACUUGGAACCCCAUAGCAUCAACCGUGGGAAGGGAGAAGAGUACACUGGGGAAUUCACAAAAUACUUUUAUUGUGAGCCUCCUUAAAUCAAGAAGAAAAAACCUCUGUGUCUUCUCAGGUGUAAUGGACAAAACAAGGAUGUUGGAUCAUAUAUUAGAACAAGGAGAAGGGAUAAUCCAGGUCCACAAAGUCUUUGAUGAACUAUAAAGGCUCGGCUCUGCAAGCUACAAAUGGUUAGCUCUGUCAUUAUGAAAAGCGACAUGACUUCAAAUGAGCAAACACAUCCACCGUGGGGGAAUAGGAGCAUGCAGCUACUGAUAUUGCGCUAAUCGGAAAGCAAUUCCAGCUACUGGAGCAUGCAAGGCGCUCGGAAACUACACUGGAAGACAGAGAGAAACCUGCCUCAUGCUUUUAAGGGAUCCUGGAAUUGGGGCAAGAAAACAAACCCAGAAGCUGUGAUAUGAGUAUAUCCCUGGUGUGAUCACUUACUGUCACUGGGUGAACUCGUUCCCAGCCUGCGCCCCGUUUUUAUCACCUAAGACUUUAGCUUAAACAUAUCCAUUACAUAAGCGCUGGAUGGGAUGGACUUAACUCAGCUGGUAUCUACAAAACACUUCAGUAUUCCUUGGGUACCAGCUGCCAAAUCUAACUUCUCAGCCUAUUUGUUACAUGAAUUGCCUGGCAGGGACCAUUAUCUGAGCAUCUUCAAAUGAGUAAUUACCCAGUAGAGUCUAAAUACUAGCAUAGUUGAAGUUAUCCUUCGUCAGCAAGGUUUGGGGCGGGUGGGCAACUAAUGAAUAUUUGCCUCUGGAACUUGAGUUGCCGACGUGGGGAUCCAGGGCACAGUCCUUCCAAUGGCUGCGCUCGUUUCUCUCUGGUCGGGGACAGAGGGUGGCGCUUGGGGGGGAAUUGUUAUCGCGCCACUCCUUGGUGUGUGGAGUACCUCAGGGUGCGAUACUCUCCCCGAUGCUUUUCAACAUCUUUAUGCGCCCCCUCGCCCAGCUUGUCCAGAGUUUUGGGCUGGGUUGCCAUCGGUAUGCCGAUGACAUCCAACUCUAUCUGUUGAUGGAUGGCCAUCCUGACUCGGCCCCAGACACACUGACCAGAUGUUUGGAAGCUGUGGCUGGAUGGUUACGUGGGAGCCGGUUGCAGCUAAAUCCUUCGAAGACAGAAGUCCUGUGGCUGGGACUGGACGAUAUGGGAUUGGGGGGGCAACUCCCAUCUCUUGCGGGGGCACAAUUAGUGCCAGCACCGUCCGUUAAGAGUUUGGGUGUAAUCUUCGACACCUCCCUUUCCAUGGAGGCGCAGAUUGCAGCUAUAACAAAGGCGGCAUUUUUCCAUCUCCGCCAAGCUAAGCAGUUGGCUCCUUAUCUCUCUCACCCUGACCUAGCCACUAUGAUCCACGCGACGGUCACCUCCAGACUGGAUUAUUGUAACUCGCUCUACGUGGGGCUGCCCUUGAGACUGACCCAGAAACUCCAGUGGGUGCAGGAUGCUGCAGCGAGACUCCUUACGGGGUCUUCGCUGCGAGAUCACAUUCACCCGGUGCUAUACCAGCUGCAAUGGCUCCCGGUGGAGUACAGGAUCAGGUUUAAGGUGCUGGUUUUAACCUUUAAAGCCCUAUACGGCCUAGGACCCUCGUACCUACGGGACCGCCUCUCCUGGUAUGCCCCACAGAGAAACUUACGGUCUUCAAAUAAAAACAUCUUGAAGGUCCCAGGCCACAGAGAAGUUAGGCUGGCCUCAACUAGAGCCAGGGCUUUUUCGGCUGUGGCUCCGAUCUGGUGGAACACUCUGUCACAAGAGACUAGGGCCCUGCGGGACUUGACAUCUUUCCGCAGGGCCUGCAAGACAGAGCUGUUCCACCAGGCCUUUGGCCAGGGCACAGCCUGACUCCCUCUCUCAGCAAUCUUCGCAGAGCUCUGGCCCAAUGGUUGCCACUGGCUUGAUUUGAAUUAAUUUUAUAAUGAAUGAUUUUAGAGUGUUGUUUGUGCUGUACUUUUGUACUGUUUUAUUGUUGUUAGCCGCCCUGAGCCCGGCUUCGGCUGGGGAGGGCGGGAUAUAAAUAAAAUUUAUUAUUAUUAUUAUUAUUAUUAUUAUUAUUAUUAUUAUUAUUGACUUCACUGUGUUGCCUUUGGUUCACAUUCUCUCCAGGGCCAUUGGUAAAUGCAUAACCCAAAACCUGAGUCGAAAAGGAAAUUGCAGUAGAAUGACAAUGAUCCAGUUCUGCUUCUGUCACACAUUGCAGCCCCACCACUCAAAUCCAGUACAUUCCACAUUCCUUCCAGGCAAUUCACUUGUACAUGCCCAGUAUCCCUAUGGCUUCAAGGUCAUUGAGAAUGGGUUGUUAUUAGGAAAGCUGCAAAACUCCAGAUGGCCCGGAGCUGUCCCUGGUGCUGAAACCAAGUGCUGAAAGCACAUCCUGGGAAUCUUGCUUAUUAUGCCUACCUGCAGAGUGUGAUGGAGCGAUACGCCAGGCUUUCUCUUGACCAUCAAGAGCUGGCAGGGACGCAUGGACUCCAAAGGAAUAUUCUAUCUCCUUGUCUAAUUUUUGUUCUUCCGUUCUCCUCCACAGGUGUACACACGCUAUGGAAAGUGCUACACAUUCAACUCAGGUCAGCCUGACAAGCCACCACGCAUCACCAAUAAGGGAGGAACAGGGAACGGCUUGGAGAUCAUGUUGGACAUUCAGCAAGAUGAGUAUCUCCCUGUCUGGGGAGAGACAGGUAAGAGUUACUCCUGGCUUCCCUGACUCUACAUUGACUCCUCCCUUAUCCAUAUUUUCCUUUGUGCCACAUGACAAUUUCUCCUCUUCUGCUGCUGCCUCAUCUUCUCAGACCUCUGCCUCCCGCACCCCAUCCCUCUUGAUGCCUCCCCCCAGAAAUACCCCACCCUUUGUUCCAGCUUCCCAUUGAUCACUCCACAUUCUGCCUCCUUGCCCCAUUCCUCAACCCAGUGGGUCUCUCUCUGCUUCGUUGAUUUUCUAGACCUGCGCCGACUCCUUAAACCCACACCGCACUUUCUCUCUUCCCUUCCUUUCAGUCACUCCCGCCCCCAUUUGUGUCCUAUGUGUCUCACCAUGGCAACCAGCUGAUCAUAGCUAGGGAAGGCGAUGCCUCUUAUCUACAAAUAGCACAUUGUUCUUUGUAGGGGGAAUAUGUUGUCAAGGCUACGGUGAGGCGGGGUGGGAAGUGAAGCCUGAAUCCCAGGUCAAAGGUCACUGUGGAUCCCAAGGGAGGAGCUUUCUAGGUCCCUGGCUGGGCCUUGAUUUCAAUAAAGCGGGGUGUUCGAACACAACCCUAUCUGGGAAUCUUUCCCUUUGACUUGGAAGACCUUUUCCCUAGCUAAUGAAUGGGUCGGUUCUAGGUGCAGCUAAGAAAUGUUCUGGGAAGAUUUACUUUGUAUUACUUUAUGCAUUCCUGGACUCAGCCUUGCUUUUUUAAAAAAAUGAAGUGGGGAGGACUGAUUUCUGUUUUAAGUCUCCAGAUUAUUCUGGCUCCGAUCACAUAAAGCUAAAAAUGUACCGUAUUUUUCGCUCUAUAAAGGACACGCCGGACCAUAGGACACACCGGACCAUAGGAGGGGGAGAACAGGGGGGAAAAAUUCUCCCCCUCUCUGCUCAGCGCCACUUCAGCGAAGCAGCAGGAGAAACGGAGCCCCUUCCAUUUCUCCUCCUGCUUCGCUGAAGGGGCGCUGUGCAGAGAGGGAAAACUGUGCAGCGCCUCUCCAGCGAAGCAAAGCCUGGAGAGCAAGAGGGAUCGGUGUGCACCAACCCCUCUCACUCUCCAGGCUUCAGGCAGCUAUCCGCAAGCCUCCGGAGCGCAGGGGGAGCUCUCCCUCUGCACUUCGGAGGCUUCGCAUUGCUAUCGCUGAAGCCAAGGAGCCUGCAUUCGCUCCAUAAGACGCACACAAAUUUCCCCAUAAUUUUUGAAGGGGGAAAAGUGCGUCUUAUAGAGCGAAAAAUACGGUAGUUGGUAUUGAUUGAUGCAGGGGGUGGGCUGUGAAUCAGACAGGGGGGUAUUUUCCCUCUUUGGUCCCCAUGUAUCUCCCUAUCGAUGCAAGGUAAGGAGAAGGGCCUUCGCUUUCUGGCUCUGAGCUUGAGCCCUGCUGUGAUCGCCUGAACCCCCUUUUCUACUCUCCAUCUCUCUGUUCUGCAGAUGAGACCUCAUUUGAAGCUGGGAUUAAGGUGCAGAUCCACAGCCAGGAUGAGCCACCCUGCAUUGACCAGCUGGGAUUUGGGGUGGCACCUGGUUUUCAGACGUUUGUCUCCUGCCAGGAACAACGGGUAAGAUGUGAACAUUCCCUUCCCUUUCAGCCAGCCUCAGAUAUCUGUACUAGCACAUCCUCAAGGUCUAGGCAGCAGGAGAGUAGAAUCCCCUCUUCUUUUUCUUGCUGAUGACAAAUACAACAGCGGUAUUGAAUGGAAAGUUUAGAGCCAGAAAAACUCCGGAAAGUGAAAUCUAGUACAGUCGUACCUUGGAAGUUGAACGGAAUCCGUUCCGGAAGUCUGUUUGACUUCCAAAAUGUUCAGAAACCAAAGCGCGGCCCCGUUCGGCUUCCAAAAAUAGCUCGCAAACCGGAACAAUCACUUCUGGGUUUGCGGUGUUUGGGAGCCAAAACAUUCGAGAACUACAGUAAGCUGUUCGAAAACCAAGGUACAACUGUACUCAUUUCAUUUAUGAAUUGCUCCUCAUGCAUCAGCCAAAAGCAAUUUACAAUAUAAUAAAAACAUAUAGAGAAGUAGUUACAAUUGCAAAUAUAAAAAUGCGCUCACGCACAAACAGAGAGCUUAGAAUAACAAAAGCACGUGCACAAAGUUAAUUCACAUCUAAUACAGGUACCAAGUAGGGGAAAUAGAAUCAUAGUGUUGAAUAGAAUUUGAAGUGUUGGUUCUGACCUUUAAAGCCCUAAACAGCCUUGGCCCAGUAUACCUGAAGAAGCAUCUCCACCCCCAUUGCUCAGCCCAGACACUGAGGUUCAGCUCUGAGGGUCUUCUGGUGGUUCCCUCCCUGCGAGAAGUGAGGUUACAGGGAACCAGGCAGAGGGCCUUCUCGGUAGUGGUGCCCGCCCUGCGGAACGCCCUCCCAUCAGAUGUCAAGGAAAUAAACAACUAUCUGACUUUUAGAAGACAUCUGAAGGCAGCCCUGUUUAGGGAAGUUUUGAAUGUUUGAUGUUUUGUCGUGAUUUUACUAGUCUGCUAAGAACCUCCCGGAGUGGCUGGGGAAAAUAAUAUAAUAAAACAUUAUUAUUAUUAUUAUUAUUAUUAUUAUUAUUAUUAUUAUUAGAAUUGUAGAGCUGGAAGGGACCCUAAGGAUCAUCUAGUCCAACCCCCUGCAAUGCAGGAAUAUGCAGCUUGUCCCAUAUGGGGAUUGAACCUGCAAUCCUGGCGUUAACAGCACCACGCUCUAACCGACUGAGCUAUCAAGCUUGGUCAUGCCAAGUACUGGAAGUCCAAAAGGACUUUGGUGUCAAGGGAGUGCCAGCAAAUGGUUAGUGCCAGUAAGCUGGUAGCAAGGACUUCUGACUUCUACCCUUCUCUGCAUGGGAACAUCCUCAGUAUAAGCCUACAUAUUCAUUGCUGUGUUUUAUUAUUGCCCCUGUGUUGUAAGGAAGCUGCUUUCAGAAGCACUUUUGUUGAGAAAUGGGUAUAUAAUUAUUCUUUAAAAUGCGUAACAUAUAUAAAUAAACCAUCCUUUUAACAUCAAAGUUUGAGGAGGGGAAAGGCUCUAAAAGGAUAGAUUCUAAGCACUCUUCCACGGUCAAGUAGUGAAUCACAAUCAUCAGCAUGAAUAGAGCAGAUUUGGUGAGUUAUUAAUUUCAGCUGGAAUAUUUAAUAACGAAAACUCAGCGGGAGAUAAUAGAAACUCGGAGGAAAUAUGUGCUUGAAGACAUGGUGGAUGUCUUGGGGGGGAAAUUGUGUGUGUGUGUUUAAAGCAAAACAAAGAAUGCAGACAGACUUUUUUGAGAAUGCAAACAGACUUUUUAUUUACUUUUAAAAACGUUUUCCUGUACCACUUUUCCAGCCCUUUCCAAAGUGCUUGCAGCAAUAAGUAUUACAAUAUUACAUGACCAAAUCCCUUCCAGUCUCCAAAAACCCAGUGCACAGGGGAAUAUGUCACAUUAGGGAAGAGGCUAGAAUAGAACCUUUCUCCCUGACACUUGCUUACUUGCAAGUACCGGGAAGUACAAUACAGCCAAUUGGUAUAGCCACUAGAGCAGGGGUCAGCAAGGUUUACCUUGCCUGGGGUGGUUCACUCCAGCGGAUCCCUCCGUGGGCCAGAGCGUGCGCACCUGCAAUUUCUGGCGUCUGCGCAGACGCAAUUUCCAGCACUGUGGAAGUGAGUCCCCAUGCCGUGCUACCCCAGGCAAGGUAACUCGAUGAGCAGGCAGCUUGGUUUGGGGGCAACUCAUGGGCCACUUAAAUGACCCCUGUGAGCCGCUUAUGGAGGGUUCAGCUUGGACUCACCCGCAAAGUCUACCAGGUGACUUUGAGCAGAUUGCUACCUCUCAGCCCAACUUCACAAGAUAGUUGCACAAGAUAAAUAAAUGGGGAGAGAUCCAUUUAUGCUAACCUGAGUUCUUUGGGUGAAGAGCAGGAUAAAGAUGCCACCUGAAUAAAUAACAUGAAAAUGAAAUAUCUGUCCACUGCUUUUCAACCUGUCUGAACUAGCAUUUCCACUUUCAAAGUGUUUGUGAUCACAGGAGAGGAUUCAAACAUGAGAUCUCCCUCCUGUAAUCCUGUGUUACAGUAAUAGGAGGGUUGUAACAUGUGCCUUUUUGUUCUAGCUUGAAUCAGCUCUGGCACAUUGUGAUAUCUUCUUGUGAGAGCAAGAGUUGUGAUAGGCUGUAAUUUCUGGCAUCUGGCCUUCUGCUUGUUCACAUGGCCUUUGCAUUCAGCCCACACUGGUUUCCUGCCUGUCGACAUUGCAGGCGCAAUUGUGGAGCCAAGGCAGCAGAUGCAGUCCUGUAAGGCAGUCUUACUAGGCAGAUAUUGUUGGAAUACAAGUUCCAUCGGCCCCAGCCACUAGGGCAGGCAUGGCCAAAUUUGGCCCUCCAGAUGUUUUGGGACUACAACUCCCAUCAUCCCUAGAUAACAGGACCAGUGGUCAGGGAUGGUGGGAAUUGUAGUCCCAAAACAUCUGGAGGGCCAAGUUUGGCCAUGCCUGCACUAGGACAAAUAGACCUGGGUGACGGGAACUGUAGACCAUGUUGACCACUCUUCCUCUGUUUGUGAAAGUGGGAGAGGAAGGAUGAGGUCUGAUGAGGCCCUGCUUAAGCACUGUGGCCCAAACACAGCCCUUCUCCUUCUGUAGGAAAGGGUGAUGAGAUAGUGCCAUUUUCAGCCCCUCUUUGCCCAUUCUCCGUGCAGCUCAUCUACCUUCCUCCACCUUGGGGUGACUGCAAGUCGGUGACCAUGGAAUCCGAAUUCUACGAUACCUACAGCAUUGCAGCCUGCCGCAUCGACUGUGAGACCCGCUACUUGGUGGAGAACUGCAACUGCCGCAUGGUGCACAUGCCUGGUAAGAUGGAGCGAUGAAGCCAGUGGCAGAGCAAAGGGUGGAGGCCACAACAAUUGCACAGACAGAGAGAUUUAAAACAAGCCUUUUGGAGGAUACUUUGAAAGAUCAGGAGUCCCCUGCUUACCUACGAGAGUAUAGUUCCUCGUGAACGGGCACACUGGUCUGGUGGUGCUCUGGCAUGCCAUGUUGUGGCGAUCACACAGGGCCCCUGGACGUUUGACGGUCUAUUGACCCUGUGCCACCACUGUGAUUGCUUUCUUCACUGCCACCACCCCGUUUCUCACGGGGACACACGGAGUCCAGACAAUUGUUAACAUUAACAAAUAAUCAAGUUUAUUUUUAAAUGCAGGAACAAGCUUAUGGUUACAGUUAAUUUUUCUUGGCAGUUUCUUAAUCUUAGUUCCUAACAACUCCAAACUGAUUCUUCCCAACUUUCUAUCUGACUCCACCUAACAAUUCCUCUCACUCUCUCACAAUACAACUCUACCAACCCACACCUAAUCCUCCCUCUUCCUUCUUCAACUCCCAAACCUCAACAAACUUUCAAAACCUCCCACUCUAACUUUUACUCCUCCCCUUGCAUUCUAACUGGCCAAUCACAUCACACACUCAUUUAACCCUUUCCUUAUGACCCAUCCUAGGAGGCAAAUACCACACAUGUGUACUUGUGAGUUAGCACAGUGGCGUAGCAGGGAGGGCACAGGGGCGGUGGCCCGGGGCGCAAAAUUCUUAAGGGUGCCACCCAUGCUACACCACUGGUCUGCAGCAGUCCUGAAGGUGCCGCGAAACUGGGAGGGAGGUGGCUCCCUUUCCUGGCCCUGUAAUGCACGGAGCAAGCGUUUCCAAGCACAAUUCAAAGUGUUGGUGCUGACCAUGAAAGCCCUAAACAGCCUCGGUCCAGUAUACCCGAAGGAGCGUCUCCACCCCAUCGUUCAACCCGGACACUGAGGUCCAGCUGCAAGGGCCUUCUGGCGGUUCCUUCACUGCCAGAAGUGAGGGUAUUGCUUCCUGAAUUGUAGAAUAUUUUCAAGCCUUUGCAAAAUCAAAGUUUUCGGGGCUGCUGAAAAUGUUUAUGAAAAGGGGCCCCCCUCUUUUGGUUCAAGCUUAAUUAUAACUAUUAUAGCUGUUCCCUAAUUGCAGCCACUCCCAUUCUGUAUACUGAGUGCAUCCUUUAACACAACCCAGCGCUCCCUCAACCAGCCCACCUUGGUCUGUAUUCAAUCUUUCCUGUUAAGCAGAAAUCCUUGUCAAGGGAUGCAAUUAGCAUAAUAAAUAUGAAUUAAUUAUUCCAGUCAGUUGCAUCUCCCGGGGAGAAGAGGGCAGGCAGAAUAAUAGUGCAGAUGUAUGAGGAGAAAGAGAGGGAAGAGUUGUUUUUUCCAAAGGCAGGCUGAUCCUGUCAAAUGGUAUUCAGACUUCUGGAGAAGGAGAUGGAAUCAGGAUUUGAGAGACAGCAGCAGAGACUUAUAUCCAGCUUUGCUUAUGUAAUGACUGCUUUGGUUUUUGUUUUGUUUUUUAGUUUGUUGGUUUUUUCCUUCUUUUUUUCCUUUAUCAGGUCUCUGUCUUACAAGGUCUCUGAGAACCCUGAAUGCAACUAGAGAUGCAAAGGAAAUGUACAGUCAUACCUCGGGUUACAGCCGCUUCAGGUUGCGUUUUUUCGGGUUGCGGACUACCGAAACCCAGAAGUACCGGAACAAGUUACUUCCAGGUUUUGGCAGUCACGCAUGUGCAGAAGCACUAAAUCUCAACCCGCGUGUGUGCAGACGCGCAGACGCAGGUUGCGAACAUUGCGGGUUGCGAACAUGCAUCCCGCAUGGAUCACGUUCGCAACCCGAGUGUCCACUGUCUCUUUUAGGACUAUGUUUUCACUAACUGUACUGUGUUUUGCUUGCUACACGGCCCGAUUCACACACAGCAUGAAGCCAAACCUAGCCAGACAGAACAAGCAUGAGGAUCCCCAGAGCGAAAAUCAUGGCUGCUUUGCUCCUCGGUUCUACUGCUGCCACUGCACAAUCCAAGACCAAGCCAAGGUUUGGCUUAAUAUUACGUGCAAACCCAGACUCAUGGUUUGUAUCACUCCCAAGUCCCAACAAACCAUGAGCUGUAACCAAGGUUUAUUCUUGAUUUCCCGCUUGUGGUUUGUUCACAUAUAGUGCAUGACAAGCUCUGGGUAGUGUGGCAGCAACAGGACCAUGGAAGGAGUGAAGUGGACUUAAUUUUUGCUAAGGUGCCCACGCUCUUGGCUUGGCUUAGUGUUGAUGUGAGAACAAGGCCACUCUGUGGGCAGGGCUUAACAAAACCCGACCUGUUAACUCUCUGGGCAAGGCUUCGGCAGUUUUUACAGAUAUGAUUCCUAGGGAAUUCAGCUUUUGAAUCUUUUCCCCUAAUGGAGAAAAUUCCCUCUCCCCACACAUAGAAAGCUAGCAUGUCAAGGGAAAAGGCUCAGCCCCACCCUUCCUUUUGACUUGCUGUAUUUCUAUCAGCAGCGGAUGAUCUCCACACAGGAAUUAGGAAUGAUACCAGCUUCUAACCACAAAAGAUUACAGUCACACCUCAUGUUACGUCCGCUUCAUGUUACGUUCUUUCAGGUUACGUCCCGCAGUGACCCGGAAGUACCGGAAAGGGUUACUUCCGGGUUUCGCCACUCGCGCAUGCACAGAAGCACAAAGUGACGUCACGCGCAUGCGCAGAAGCGAUGAAUUGCAACCCGCGCAUGCCCAGACGCGCCGCUGCAGGUUGCGUUCUUUUCAUGUUGCGAACAGGCCUCCGGAACGGAUCCCGUUCACAACCAGAGGUCCCACUGUAAUGAGGAAUACAAGAUGUUCCAGCUGACUCAGAGCUCAGCUUUUUAAGAGGGGGCAGGGAGCUGAAAUGUCCUUCCCUCGCUGUGUAGGAGACACUGCUGCAUCGAAAAGCCACUAGAGAAAACCAUGGAGCUUAUCUACCUUGCAUGCAAAGGCAUAACAAGGUUAAUCAUCUGGGCAGCUCAACCAGGGAAAUGCCAGCUCUAAAAAGAUGCCGUCGGCUUCCUUAGCAGUGAAAGUGGACAGAACAAAGGAGAGAGGUGGGGGACGCAGCAUCUCUUGGAGUUUAAGGAUCGCCUGGUGCAGAGAAGCCACAACCCCUUUAUCACAAAACUGCAGCAAUUUAAACAUGAAGGUUGCCCCCUCCUCUUUCAGUUCACAUUUAUGGGUAGAAUGAGGAGUCCCAUUUGCACUCAUGCAAAGCAGAGAGAUGUGUGGGCUUUGCAGAACAUUGCAAAUUCCCCUCCCUGGUUAAAUUUCACUGCUUGUGAAUGCAGGAGGUCAGAAUAGAGUCUCACCGUGAUAGGUGACUUUGUGGUGUGAUUUGCUUGCUUUUCUGUUUCCCUGCAGGUGAUGCUCCCUACUGCACCCCUGAGCAAUACAAGGAGUGUGCAGACCCCGCUCUUGGUAAGCAGAUGGUCGGCAUAUAAAUUAUAAAAAUAUGAUGAUAUGAUGAUGGUGUCUCUGUGGACAUAGACAUAGGGUAACUGUGCCCCUGAAGGACCAGUGCACAGCCUGGGAGUUAUUUUGGACUCACAGCUGUCCAUGGAGGCGCAAGUCAAUUCUUUGUCCAGGGCAGCUGUCUACCAGCUCCAUCUGGUAUGCAGGCUGAGACCCUACCUGCCUGCAGACUGUCUUGCCAGAGUGGUGCAUGCUCUGGUUAUCUCCCGCUUGGACUAUUGCAAUGCGCUCUACGUGGGGCUACCUUUGAAAGUGACUUGGAAACUACAACUAAUCCAGAAUGCAGCAGCUAGACUGGUGGCUGGGAGCGGCUGCCGAGACCACAUAACACCUCUCCUAAAAGACCUACGUUGGCUCCCAGUACGUUUUUCAGCACAAUUCAAAGUGUUGGUGCUAACCUAUAAAGCCCUAAACAGCCUCGGUCCUGUAUACCUGAAGGAGCAUCUCCACCCCCAUCGUUCAGCCCGGAAACUAUGGUCCAGCACUGAGGGCCUUCUGGUGGUUCCCUCCCUGUGAGAAGUGAGGUUACAGGGAACCAGGCAGAGGGCCUUCUGGAUAGUGGUGCCUGCCCUGUAGAACACCCUCCCAUCAGAUGUCAAGGAAAUAAACAACUACCGGUACAGUAUCUGACUUUUAGAAGACACCUGAAGGCAGCCCUGUUUAGGGAAGUUUUGAAUGUUUGAUGUUUUAUCAUGUUUUUAAUAUUCUGUUGGGAGCCACCCAGAGUAGUUGGGGAAAUGAAUGAAUGAAUGAAUGAAUGAAUGAAUGAAUAAUACCUGUCCCUGGUUGGAAGACCCUUAGAGUCACAUAGAUGGACCCUUUCAGAUUCUAAAGGAAGAGCUUAACGCAAGUGCAGUAAUCCCUAUCUCUUUCCCCAAAUCACUCUUGUUUCAAACUGACAUCUGCUUCUCCUUCCCUGUUCCCACAGACUUCUUGGUGGAGAAGGACAACGACUACUGUGUGUGUGAGAUGCCUUGCAAUGUCACCCGGUAUGGCAAGGAGCUCUCCAUGGUCAAGAUUCCCAGUAAGGCAUCAGCCAAGUACCUGGCCAAGAAAUACAACAAGAGCGAGCAGUACAUUGGGUGAGUGCUGCCGCCUAACGCAGCUUUGGACACCACCGCCUGUCGAAUCCGCUUGCCAUCAUUAUUUCUGCACCCUGCGCUCGAGCAAGGGAGGUCAAGCCCAAACAGCAAGCUUGGGGCAUUGCUGAGUACUAAGGAGAUAUGGGGCACAGACCCAUGAUGCAAAUUUCCUGGUGCAAACCUAGGUCUACGGGUGCAAAUUUGGGUCUCUUCUCCAAAGUUACAAAGGUGGGAAUCCCCAAAGCGCUGUGUUUUGCAGCAUGCCCAAGAGCCCUGAAAGCAAAGUUUUGUUUGCCAUGUAGGAAUUUUUUAAAAGGCCAUUUCAGUCAAGCCACACCUAGUUCCCCAACAUGUGUGGCAUCAGAUGAGGGGCAGGUGAAGAUACAGCUCUCUGCCAAAAUAAGGGUUUCCAGACAAUAACCCUCCAAAGCAUGGGUAGGCAAACUAAGGCCCGGGGGCCGGAUCUGGCCCAAUCGCCUUCUAAAUCCAGCCCGCGGACGGUCCAGGAAUCAGCAUGUUUUUACAUGAGUAGAAUGUGCCCUUUUAUUUAAAAUGCAUCUCUGGGUUAUUUGUGGGGCGUAGGAAUUCGUUCAUUUUUUUCCUCUUCAAAAUAUAGUCCGGGCCCCCACAAGGUCUGAGGGACAGUGGACCGGCCCCCAGAUGAAAAAGUUUGCUGACCCUUGUUCCAAAGCCUCUCUGCCUUAGUCCUUACAGUCUAAUUUCAAUCUGUGUGCUGUUAAAAUGGCCCGGGGCAGUGUUAGGGGGGAAUCUAAAGAUAUGGUCCACCAGCUGGAAAGGUAAUCCUAUCCUGUCCUACAGAGGGUCUCUGUUUCUUGAAGGCUGAGCGCCUUAGGUUGGUACCAGCUACAUCCCUAAAUCUUGGGUCCAGGCAGGUAAGUGCCCAUGCUGGUGCUAGGCAUUAUUUAUAAGGCUGGUUGAGGGUAGAUACUUUGGUCACUGCCAGGCAGAUGCUUGUUUUAGAAGCUUGUAAUCACUUCGCUUCCUCCCAUACAGGGAGAACAUCCUGGUACUGGACAUUUUCUUUGAAGCUCUGAACUAUGAGACCAUUGAACAGAAAAAAGCAUACGAAGUGGCUGGACUUCUGGGUGAGAUUAUCUUCUUCUUUUGAGGGUGGGGACAGCAACGGAUGCACACCUCCUAAUUUCUCUUACUCCUUUGGGGUGACUUUGGUGCCUGUCUAUAGUCCUCAAAAUGCACAUGUAAGCGGAGCUUGCCAUUCGACAGUUGUGCGGAAAACAACAACCCAAGUCCGGAAUGCCAGAAUGGGAGAAUCCCAACGUUCCUUUCCCACCUCCAAGUAAAUUUACAAUGCUUAAGUCUGCUCCAUUAAUGGAGGCUGGUCCAUUAGGGCAACUGGGCACUGCCCCCACCAACCUCAAUCUCCCCCCAGCCGCCGCCACCCCACAUACCUGUCUUUCUUACUUACAGACAGCCCAGAGAGUGGCAUUGCCAGGGAGCUUCCUCCUCCUAAGUCUUGGUGUCGCCCCAUUGUGGAACUCAACAGGAAGCAGGAGCGGACCAAACUAGAAUUAUUUCGUUCAGUCUGUCAUGGGCUCAGACUCUGCCUACUGUCUGGGCUUCCCACUUUCCUCCCUACCAGGCUAGUGGGCACCAGCCACCCACAUUUAAGGCUGCAAAUAUAGGUGUUAGCAAUCGCCUGGUGACAUCAGAAACGAGUGGAGAAGGAGGGUGGCAAACUAGGAUUGCCAAAGUGUGGUUUGAACAAGACUUGGCUGGUGGAUGGAGCCAAGCAUGGCUUUUGACUUUUUUAGCGAGUGGGGCCUUGCUAUUUGGGGAAAAGCAGGAGAGGUUUGGACAAAAAGGAGGUUGGGGCACAUGUUGGCAUGUCAGAGAACAAUCCAAUGGACCAGGCUGGGGAGUUCAGCAGAAAUAUUUAAAACAGGCUCAUUUGAGAGGAAUGGCAGGAGAUAUACAGUCAUACCUCAGGUUACAGAUGCUUCAGGUUGCGUUUUUUCAGGUUACAGACCACCGAAACCCGGAAGUACCGGAACGGGUUACUUCCAGGUUUCGGCGGUUGCACAUGCGCAGAAGCACUAAAUCGCGCUUUGUGCAUGCACAGAAGUGCCAAAUCACAACCCGUGUGUGCGCAGACGCGCAGCUGCGGGUUGCAAACAUGCAUUUGCAACCUGAGCAUCCAUCCAAACACCUGAUUUAUUCUGCAAAGUACCUGAUAAAUACCAAUCCUAAGGCAGGCAAGUCAAGUAAAAUGUCAAACAAAUGGCAUCCCUGUCUCCAGACCACAGUACUGUGGCCCAUGUUUCAUUAGCCCCAAAAUGGAAAACGAGCCUAGUCCCAUCUAAAGAAGAAUGGAAAUUUAAACUGAUGGAAUAUGUGCUGCUUGCGGACCUAACAUAUAGAAUAAGAGAACAAGAAGAACAUACGUUUAAAGAAGAAGAUUGGAAAAUGUUUAUUGAAUAUAUGGGGGGAAAUGUGUAUAUUUGAAAACAUGGGCAGCAUUAAGUUAAAAUCAACAGUUUUGAUGGAUGUAAUAAUGGCAUACUGAAUAGUUUAGUUUAUUUAAAAUAUGCGGGGAUUUAUGUUAUGCAAAAGGGACGCGGGUGGUGCUGUGGGUUAAACCACAGAGCCUAGGACUUGCCGAUCAGAAGGUCAGCGGUUCAAGCUCCCUGCUCCUGCCAACCUAGCAGUUCGAAAGCACGUCAAAGUGCAAAUAGAUAAAUAGGUACCGCUCUGGCGGGAAGGUAAACGACGUUUCCGUGCACUGCUCUGGUUCACCAGAAGCGGUUUAAUCAUGCUGGCCACAUGACCCGGAAGCUGUACGCCGGCUCCCUCAGCCAAUAAAGCGAGAUGAGCGCCGCAACCACAGAGUCGGUCAUGACUGGACCUAAUGGUCAAGAGUCCCUUUACCUUUAUGUUAUGCAAAAUGAACCAUGGAAAGAGAAGAAGGGAUGUCAUUGAUACUUUAAGGUUGUUUAAAUGAAUAUUCUAAAAUGUAAAACAGAAAAUUUAAUAAAAAUUAUGGGGGGAGGGGAAAUCCUCUCUCCAGACCACAUUGGGCUUCUUAGAAGAGUUUGGAUUUGAUAUCCCGCCUUUCACUCCCCUUCAGGAGUCUCAAAGCGGCUAACAUUCUCCUUUCCCUUCCUCCCCCACAACAAACACUCUGUGAGGUGAGUGGGGCUGAGAGACUUCAAAGAAGUGUGACUGGCCCAAGGUCACCCAGCAGCUGCAUGUGGAGGAGCGGAGACGCGAACCCGGUUCCCCAGAUUACGAGACUACCGCUCUUAACCACUACACCACACUGGCUCUCAAACCACCAUGUCCCUGCCGACCUCCCCUGCCAGCAUAGAUUGGACCAACCAAGUCUGGAGAGCUGAGUGUUGAGAUUAGGGAACCAGAGAAAUGUGCCCCAAUCUCAGUACCUGAUUAUUGCUCCCCUCUCCUCUUGCCUGCAGGUGACAUCGGGGGACAGAUGGGGCUGUUCAUUGGAGCCAGCCUGUUAACUGUGCUGGAGCUAUUUGACUACGCCUACGAAGUGAGUUUGGCUCCCUGGAGCAUGAUGGGGAACGGGGUACAGAUCUGCUUACCGUCUAGAGAAUCUUUUCAAAGGCACACAAAGCCUUUCCACUGCUAGAACAAGGCCUGGAUGGGAGACUAUAUGGGAGGUGCUCUGAGCUCUUAGGGAGGUGGAAAGUGGUCUAAAUCUAAUGAUGUGUUGUGGCAGUAGGAAAAUGCCCCUUCCUCACAGUUGCAAAUGCAUAUUUAUUUGGGGUUCUCAGCCGUCUAAGCUAAGGCAGUCUUGUAGGGCUACCUACACGUUGCAGCCUGAAAACCACAUUCCCCCUUGGCAAAUCCAUUGGGGACCAUAUGCCACCAGUGGGCAUGGUCAGAAAUAGGUGUGGCCAGCCACGCACUCACACGCAUGCUCACACACACACACAAUUGAGCUAAUGCAUGCAGAUCAGCUAAGGAGAGAGGGUGAUCAGCUUCCCUCCAUACAUCAAACAAGGAAUCUGAUGAUCAGGGAGGAAGAAGAGUUUGAAGAUUUUGGAUUUGAUAUCCCGCUUUAUCACUACCCGAAGGAGUCUCAAAGCUUCUAACAUUCUCCUUUCCCUUCCUUCCCCGCAACAAACACUCUGUGAGGUGAGUGGGGCUGAGAGACUUCAGAGAAGUGUGACUGGCCCGAGGUCACCCAGCAGCUGCAUGUGGAGGAGCGGAGACGCAAACCCAGUUCCCCAGAUUACGAAUCUACCGCUCUUAACCACUACACCACACUGCUGAUUUGCGUCUCCACCAGGGCCAUAGGCUCUGCUCAAUCCCAUGCUGUAUUUUAAUGUUCCCCUGCUGAAAUUGGUGGGGUCUUUGGGGGACAAAAAAAAUGUGCAGGGCUAAAUUGGACCGCUGAAUUGAGGGUUAGCUACCGCUGCAUUAUAGCGUCUCCCACAAGGUUUUCCCAGCACCAAGAUGCUGAUGGUCCCAAUCUUUGCCUCCUUUACCGUUGUGCAGACAUGCUCAUAGCAGCUAACGGAGCACCCUCACCUUCCCUCCAUUUUCCUCUCCGCUGCUCUGAGGCACCAGCCACAGUCUUAAGCAACAAAACGGCAUGGCCGUUUUGCAAAUGGUUUACAUGAAACCGACAGCCUUCCUCCUCACUUCCAUCUCUAGAUUAUCAAGUUCCGCUUCUUUCGCCGCGGCAAAUGCCAGAAGAAACACAAAAGCAACAACAGCGACAAAGGGGUAGCUCUGAGUCUGGAUGAUGUGAAACGCCACGUGAGUGUCUAAGCUAUUUGCCACAUUGUGCCGUGCAUUCCCAUGUCGCGUGACAUUGCUCCCCCCGCCCCCCUCCGUUUGCACUAGCAAUGUAACUGAUUAUAGCAUGCUCAUACCACUUUAACUAUCCCAAUUAACCGCAACAAAUUUUGGGACUUGCAGUUUGGAGAAGCGCCUGCCACUUCUUUACAAAGGAUCCCUUACCAGCACCACACAUAGGUGGGGCUGUGGGCUAAACCACUGAGCCUCUUGGGCUUGCCCAUCAGAAGGUUGGUGGUUCGAAUCCCAGCGACGGGGUGAGCUCCCAUUGCUCUUUCCCAGCUCCUGCCAACCUAGCAGUCUGAAAGCACGCCAGUGCAAGUAGAUAAAUAGGUACCACUGUGGUGGGAAGGUAAACGGCAUUUCCAUGCGCCCUGGUUUCCGUCACGGUGUCCCGUUGCGCCAGUUUAGUCCUGCUGCCCACAUGACCCAGAAAGCUGUCUGUGGACAAAUGCCGGCUCCCUCGGCCUGAAGCGAGAUGAGCGCCACAACCCCAUAGUCGCCUUUGACUGGACUUAACCGUCCAGGGGUCCUUUACCUUUACACACAUAUGCACAACUACAGCUCCCAAGAUGCCCUGGCAAGAGGGAGUCACUGUUAUUUACAACUGUAGGAUUAAAUAAGCUUUCUCCAGUCUGGUGCCCCCACCAUGCCGACUGGGACUAAUGGAACUUGUAGCCCCAAACAUCUGGAAGACACCAGGAUAGGUUAAGAAUAUAGCAAACUAUUGUAAUUCUAUAGUAUAAUGCCAAAUCACUGUUAAAUUCGUUUUCAGCAUAGAGAUCCCCCAAGAGUGGAUUCAGAAAAAUGACCGGCAGCCACUUAAAAGCUUAUCGCACAAUGAAGUAGUCAUUCUGUAGCCUCCAGUCUCAUGGCACAAUGCAACAUAACCAUCCCUUUGCACCGCCUUUGAAAAUUUUGGAACCGAGAAAGUUUUGAUACUAAGCAUAGCUGUUGAGUCAAAGGUUACAUAUGAUAGUCAUCUCCCUAUGCGGGUGCACACACCAAAUGUGACCUUUUUCAGUGACUGUUCCCUGGAUCCUGAUCUUAUGAAGUAGGUUAGGCUGAGAGACAGUGACUGGCCCAAGGUCACCCAGUGAGCUUCAUGGUUCAGCGGGGAUUCGAACCCUGGUCUCCCGGGUCACCGUCCAGCACUCAAACCUGGACGCCACACUGCUUGAAGGUCCCCAAAUCCUGGAACUGCACACGCCACCCCAUUCAUUAUCAUUUCAUGUUUACGGUGCUAAUUGCAAUGCCCACUGUGUUCCUCUCUCCUCUCCCCCCGCUGCAAACCCAGAAUCCGUGCGAGAGCAUCCGAGGCCACCCAGCGGGCAUGACGUACGCGGCCAACAUCCUACCUCACCAUCCGGCCCGGGGAACGUUUGAGGACUUUACUUGCUAACUGACCACUGGAUGUACAACUAACACUACCAAAGGGAAGGACCUUCGCUGAGCAGCCCUGGCCCAGCCCACGAACCUGCCAAUUGACUCGUCAGGGCCUCUAUCUCAAGACUCCCAGGGGGAGGCAAGCUGGAUCCGGCCUCUCCUCAACCCAUCCACCCCAGGCCAAGGCAGCGAUACGCACACGGAGCAAACUGGACAGAGGGGUGGGGGGCGGGGUGGGGGUUAUCUGUUCUACCAGGUCCACACCAGUUUCUGCUCUUGUCCCUGUGAGUGCCCUCAGACUCUUAACAGAAGAGCUGCCAAGUGGAGGAGAGGAUACCGCCUUCUCCAGUCCACAUGCGGAGAAGUCUUGACUGCCUAUGUGCCCCCCCUUUGGCCUCCACGCUACCCCAUGCCUUGUUGGUGUCAGCCACCUUGCGUGAAGGCCCUUUUUUUUUCUUUCAACGUCGAUGCCAAGAAGAACCUACAGGAGUGCCAGCCAAACUGUUCCCCCGCAGCAUUCGGUUUCGUAAGGGCCCCUUGCCGUAUCCAAAGGAGGUGCUACAUCAAUUCCAUUCCCUCCCUCCCACCGUCAUCUGCAUCACCACCUUGCUGUGUGUUGUGGGAGGCCACAGCUGAGGCUUUCCCUGUAGCAAGACCGCAACUGAACUGUGAGGGCCCACCUGAAUAUCACCUGUUGUCUUGCCCAACUACCUGAUUCCCUUUUGCUCCAGCCUGGUCUGGGUCUCAGCCUUGUUCACCCCCCAAGAGAGGCAGAGGAAUGAUUGGCAGAUGAGCUCUUCCAAAGUUCAAAACAUUGGUGUUACUACGAGCUGCCCUGGGCCCCUUCUGUGCAUGUUCUUAGGGGUUACGUGAAAAGUAAGGUUCAGAGAGAAGUCUGCCAUUUCUCAGUAGGGUACAAUAUUAGAUUGCUUUCAAACGAGCCUCGCUUGAGGGUUCUGCAGCUUCUGAAAGGAGAAGAUGCAAGCAGCCUACCCUGCUGAAUUUGACCCUGGGUUUCCUCUCCCCUACCUUCUACAGAGGCAUGGCAACUUAUAGCCCAGUCCUACAGGCAGAAAGGACACAGCAUCAUUUCUUUGGCUGUGCAGAUGUGUAAGGGUGACCAUUGCCAGUUCCUGCCUCAGCACCACACUACAAAAGGACAGAAAGGACCUGCCUGUAGGCUAGUGACAAUGAUAGCUCCGCUUUGGUGCAACGCAGAAAACCUGUUGCCCCUUAAUUUCUACGGGCAUUUAGCAGACAUAACCCAUCCUAACGUUCAGCCAAGAGUUUGCCAGCAGUGAUGGGCAGAGGGACAGACCACCAUCAAAAACACAUAGAGGGUCUCCAGGCAAUUGCAUGCUAAUGGUGUAAAACGUUUUUGUUUUUGUUUUGUUUUUUUUAAUGUUUGCUCUAACACAUCGUCAGCAUAGACAGGAAUAAAAAUCAGCUCAGGGGAGUGAAGAUGACAGUCUUGUAAGUCUUAGCAAGCAAGGCCUCCUGGAUUUACCCAGUGCAGGAG